ACAUUCAGACAUCAACUGUGGCGCUCAGAGAACACGUUGCAGCUCUGCAUUCAUUUCUUCAUUGUCUGUGGGACUUUUUAUUGUUUCUUUACUUUUGGAACCAAACUAACCAUUAAAUAUUUACUCCGGUUACCUUGAGAUACAAUUCAACUGCAGGGUGAAAGGGAGGAACAUUGGAACAACCAAAAGGUAUGAACUGCUGUUAGUUACCAAGGAGGAACCCAUCUGACAAACAACAACAAGACGAGAGACUCCAUUCUGUUUACAGCGUUCAUAAGGGUUUUACUGUAUCAAACCAACGUCCUACAGAGAUCCACCGGAAGCAAACUAUUCUGACAAUCAUCUCAGUAAAUUUGACUAACGUUGGAAGAGAUGAGAUCUAUGUUUUCCCACCCUGCCGUCCUGUUCCUGUGGAUUCAGAGUUCUAGUGGAUGGAUGCAUCCUAAAUGCCAGAUUUAUGACAGUGGUGAAGACUUGGGACACUUUCCCACCUGGAUCUGCAGCCACAUACCUCAUUAUGCAGAACGUUACACUGCUGCCUGUCAAGAUGUCACAGCCAUCGAGGAGGAUCUACUUGGACUUCCCCCUAAUAUCAAUACCCUCUGCAUAUAUAUGACACAUGGUGAAAAUAGAUCCAUGUCUCUAGGCUUUUUCUCUCAGUUUCAGGAUCUGGAGUACCUGUACAUUGAUGGCUGUUUUACUCAAAUCCUUCCAUCUGGGAACAGUCACCUUCCACAUCUGCAACAUAUGUACGUAGGUAAAUUGGGAUUGGAGUCAGAUUGCUGUGAUUGUCAUAUUGGGCCCCAUACAUUCAGAGAUCUCGUCAACCUCAGUCAUUUGGUUCUUUGGAGUUAUCGAAUGUCAGCAAUGACCCCGGAUGUUUUCCAUGGCAUUCCUCUGUUACAAAGUCUCAUCAUUAGGGAACCCUGUUUAGAGGAUUUGGCAGAGAUACUAUGCAGAAUUAUGAAUAUAAAGUCACUUGUUAGUUUAUAUGUAGACGCAACAAACAUACGAUCGUUAAACAUUUCAAACUGCUCCGUCUUAAACACCAACGAAAGCAUGACACCUGUUUUUAUAAAUCUAGCAAGAGUUGCGUUAUCAUUUGGUGAAAUAACACAUAUAGAGGAAGGUUCAUUGGCUUGGCUCCAGAACCUCACAAUGUUAUCAGGGGUUUUCAGCCAGGAAGUCCUACUGCACCUUCCCCUGUCUGGGAUAAAACAAAUCCAGGGCUUCAGUUUCUAUGGGAUCAAUGUCAUUGAUAUUGAAAGUAUCUGUAAUGUAGUGUUUUUGCUUUCAAUCAAGAAAAUAUUUGUAAACAAUUUCAAUACAAGCAGCCUCUCUAUGUCCAGUGUUGAAUUGUGCACUGGGCUAGAAUAUAUGCAUUUAAGUGGACCUUUGUCUUUCCAUCCUACUACCCAUUUGGAUUGGCAUUUUAUUUCCAGUCUCAAAAACCUUAAUCAAUUAAAAAUCGACGGCCUGGAAGACAACAGACUUGAUAUUUGCUCCUUCCAAGAACAACCAAUAACAUGGUUAACAAAUCUCACUUUAGGGUUGAAAAAUCAAAUGCUUUUUGCAAAACAAUUUAGCUGUCUUGUUAAGCUGCAGUAUCUGGAUAUAAAACAGAAUUUAAUUUCAAACAUUGAAGACUUUGCUUUCCUGGGAUUGACAAAUCUGGAGUCCUUGGACAUUACAAGUAAUAAGAUAACACAGAUAAAUGCAAACACAUUUUAUGGUUUACAUAGUUUGACAUGGUUAGACCUCAGGAACAAUCCAUUUAUUCACAACAUUGAGGCGAUGUCUUUCACACACCUCACGUCUCUUAGACAAGUGUUUCUCGGGCAAGUGCACAACCCACUAACAGAACCUGUGAUCAAGAUGAAUCUGACACUUAUAUUUGGAGGAAUUCUGAGUCAACUGACUCAUCUGUACAUUAGUUCAGCUAUGAGGCCGAUGCAGUUGACUAUCGGCAGUAACAUCACAUCUAAACAGAACCUGAGUCUCCAGGUCAAAGGCCAGACGGUGUCAUUUCAGGACUGUGACAGACCUUUCUUUCAGUCUGUAACCCAUCUUCAUGCUGAUGCUGAAGAAUUCCUUUGUGGAUCUGAAUUCAUGGGAAAGUACUUCACGUCUGUGGAGACAUUUGACUACAGAUCGAAGCUUUCAGCUAAAAGGGUUGAUUUAACAUCAAUGAAUCAUCUGAUUCACCUGAGGAAACUGACUCUACGACAGGUGGAUCUUUUAACACAGCGUUCUGCCGACAUCAUUUUUCACAACUUGACCAAACUGGAGGUUCUGGAAAUGUACAACUGCAGGAUUUAUUCUUUGGAGGGGAGUUUAACUAAAGACUUGAAAUCUUUGAAAACGGUGUAUCUGCAGAUAGAGAACAUUUAUAAUGUAUUCUACAGCUUUACUGAACCUCUCUCUAGUCUUAAGUAUUUGAUGUUUAAUAAUUUACAGAUGUUUUGCAGUUGUGACAAUGCUUGGCUCAUUACAUGGGCCAAGGGGUGCAGGCAGAUUGAAGUGAUCAUGCUUGGUCCAUAUGCUAAAACCGGUAUGUAUACUUUGGAGGACUUGAUAUGCUUGUCGGACAAUGGAAUAGACACACCUAAUUUUGUCGGGUACACAGAAGCCAACUGCACAACAGAGGUUGGCUUUGUGCUCUUUGUUGCGACUGGCCUGGGAGUCCUGUUCUUCAUGCUUGUGGUGUUGGUCCAUAACCUGGCCGGCCCCUACCUCCUCCCCCUCUACCACAUCACCCUUGGCUGGCUGUUAAAAGCCAUGCGAUCCAACACCAGGGGGCGCUACCACUACGAUACGUUUGUCUCCUAUAGUGGGAAGGACGAGCGCUGGGUGGUGGAGGAGCUGCUACCUAAUCUGGAGCAGAGGGGUCCUCCUUUCCUGCGCCUCUGUCUGCACAGCAGGGACUUCCAGCUGGGGAAGGACAUUGUGGAGAACAUCACAGACAGCCUCUACCGGAGCCGACACACCCUCUGCCUAGUCAGCCGCCACUACCUACGCAGUAACUGGUGCUCUCUGGAGAUGAAGCUGGCCACCUACAGGCUGCAGGUGGAGCAAAGGGACAUCCUCCUCCUGGUCUUCCUGGAGAAGAUCCCCCCUCGCCGGCUGUCUGCCCACCACAGGCUGGCUCGCCUGCUGAAAACCAGGACUUAUCUGGACUGGCCCCAGGACCCCCUUCAGCACCAGGCAUUCUGGGACAGACUGUGGGCUAAACUGAAACCUCCGAUUGAGCAUGAGAUCAGAGGUUGAUGUUGAACCUUGUGGACUGAAAUGUGAGAUCAGAGGUUGAUGUUGAACCUUGUGCUAAUGAAGACGCAAUGUUGACACAUAUGUUGAGGUAUUGAAUUUGUUGUUAAAAUUCCUCUGUACAAAAUGUCUUCCAGAAUUUGUGAUGUGUUUAGACAAUUCUAAUGAAGUCAUUUUAAAUGCUCUGGACUUUUUCUGAUUAAUCUUCAACUAAUAUGUAUAUGUAUUCCUAUUUAAAUUACAUAGAAAUAAUCAUAGUUCAAUUACUUAAAAAUAACCCUUUUUAAAUUUCAUGAAAUAAUAGUAUUUAAAUGACUUGUAAUACAAGCAAUAUGUAAUACAUUUUUUUACUUCCACUAAUUUUAUGAUACCCUUUAUGUACUUUUUUAUCACCUAAUCGCUAACACUUAUCUUUGCCUGUUUAUUUCUUGCCAAGAGUCACUGAAAAAGGGUGUGAAUGACAAUACAUGAAUGAAUGAAAUACAUACAAUGAAAUACAUGAAUGAAUGACCAUGAAGCAGUAAUUAAUGAUCAUAUGUGAAUGACCGCAAAGCAGUUAUUUUUAUUUCAAUAUUGAUCAAAGAGCUUUAUAUUGAAAUGUCCUUUUCAGUUGUUUAACUAAAUGUAGAUGCUUGUUGUUUAACUUAAUGUGUUACUAGUUGUUUAACUUAAUGUGUUACUAGUUGUUUAACUAAAUAUAGUUAUUAGUUGUUUAACUAAAUAAAGUUGCUAGUUGUUUAACUAAAUGUAGUUGCAAGUUGUUUAAAUAAAUGUGUUGCUAGUUGUUUAACUACAUGUCGUUGCUAGUUGUUUAACUAAAUGUGUUGCUAGUUGUUUAACUAAAUGUAGUUGCUGGUUGUUUAACUAAAUGUAGUUGCUAGUUGUUUAACUAAAUGUAGUUGCUAGUUAUUUAACUAAAUGUAGUUGCUAGUUGUUUAACUAAAUGUAGUUGCAAGUUGUUUAACUAAAUGUAGUUGCUAGUUGUUUAACUAAAUGUAGUUGCUAGUUGUUUAACUAAAUGUAGUUGCUAGUUGUUUAACUAAAUGUAGUUGCUAGUUGUUUAACUAAAUGUAGUUGCAAGUUGUUUAACUAAAUGUAGUUGCUCGUUGUUUAACUAACUGUAUAUGGUUCACUCCUGGGCUUGGGGAGGGGUACCCCUUUCUGGACAAUUAGGUCAUUUCUGCGUCAUAUUGGAGGAAACAUAGUUUUAUUUUAUUAUUUCAUUAUUGUUCGUGCUCUUGACAAAGGCAUACAGCUGAAACGUUGUCAACGGUCUUCUGUUUGUGUUUUUAGAUCAAAUGCUCCAUGUCCCUGGUCCCCGUCUUAGCAUUACUCAGAACAAGUUAAUUAUAUUUUCAGAUCAGUUCAUUGUUCUAUUCUAGAAUGCCUCCAUAAAUAAAGAGCAUCACUGCAUUAGAAUAACUCAUUGUAUUGUUCUAUUCUAGAAUGCCUCCAUAUUCUCUAUUCUGUUUUUAAAUAAAGAGCAUCCCUGCAUUAGAAUAACUCAUUUUAUUGUUCUAUUCUAGAAUGCCUCCAUAUUCUCUAUUCUGUUUUUAAAUAAAGAGCAUCACUGCAUUAGAAUAACUCAUUGUAUUGUUCUAUUCUAGAAUGCCUCCAUAUUCUCUAUUCUGUUUUUAAAUAAAGAGCAUCCCUGCAUUAGAAUAACUCAUUGUAUUGUUCUAUUCUAGAAUGCCUCCAUAAAUAAAGAGCAUCACUGCAUUAGAAUAACUCAUUGUAUUGUUCUAUUCUAGAAUGCCUCCAUAAAUAAAGAGCAUCACUGCAUUAGAAUAACUCAUUGUAUUGUUCUAUUCUAGAAUGCCUCCAUAUUCUCUAUUCUGUUUUUAAAUAAAGAGCAUCCCUGCAUUAGAAUAACUCAUUUUAUUGUUCUAUUCUAGAAUGCCUCCAUAUUCUCUAUUCUGUUUUUAAAUAAAGAGCAUCACUGCAUUAGAAUAACUCAUUGUAUUGUUCUAUUCUAGAAUGCCUCCAUAUUCUCUAUUCUGUUUUUAAAUAAAGAGCAUCCCUGCAUUAG